AUGGUGGAAGUGGAAGAAAUCGUGGAAGAGGAGGAAGUGCUUUCUCCCUCGCAAGAGCGUCUAUUGGAUGCCGAGGAGAUUGAAAAGGCGGCGUUGAAUUUGACCCGUCCCACGGCACGAAUGCAAUUGGAGAGUUUGGCCAAAAAGCUGCGCAAGGAAGGAGAAGCACUCAAGCGAGUGGAAGCCAGUCGUGCGGCUGCUCCGCCCAAGGAAGAAAAGAAGACUCUCCCAGCAGCAGAAGAGACCAAGCCAGCAGCACCUCCGAAAACUACUAUUCCGGCCAGUCCUCCCGUGGUCAUCAUCAAUAACAACGCACACUUUGUGCCCAUUGACAAAUUCUCUUUUGAUGAUGGUGGCUACAGCGGCGCCUGGGUGACUUUGUACAUUGACCUUCCAGGCGUUGGAUCGACGGUCGACAAGGAAAACAUUACGUGCCAAUUCACACCCAAUUCCUUUGAUCUCAUUGUCAAGGGAUACAAGGGAAAAUCCUACCGUCUCUACAAGGACAAUCUCGAAAAUGAAAUUGACGAUUUCAAGAGUAAGCGAGUCGUCAAAGCCGACAAAAUUCUGGUCAAACUCGCCAAGAAAAAGACCGAUUAUGGAUCCUUUGAACAUUGGUCCAGUUUGACGGCCAAGCGAAAGAAACCCGGCAGCAAGGAAAAGGAUCCUUCCGCGGGAAUCAUGGAUCUCAUGAAGGAAAUGUACGAUUCCGGCGACGACAAGAUGAAAAAGGUCAUUGGAGAAACCAUGAUGAAACAACGAGAGGGAAAGUUGGGGGAUGGCAUGGGAGGAAUGGGUGGUGGUCUAGGCGAUAUGGAUAUUUAG